AUAAUAAAAUCAAGAUUACUUAUGUCAUUUUAUUCGAAAUGUUUAUUCCAUAUAUUUGAUAACCGCCACCACUAGUAUAUUUCACUUUGUUUUGAUUGAUAAAAUCAAUAACUCAAAGUUGAUUGUUUUACGAGAAUAUUGUGUUGACUGUAGAUAUUAUAAUUAACAUCGUCAAUGUGUGAAUCGCUACCAAAGGAGUUUGAAAAAACCACUGAGGUUUUACCUUUCACUAAAUAUGGACUAUCAUCCCUUGAAGAGUUCAGGAAAGCAGAUAAAGACGUGCAACGAUUAGAGUGGUUGAAAAAAGCCGGACUAACUGCUGACGAGGUAAAGUUAUAUUUGGAUAAUGAAGCCGGAAACUUAGAUGAGGGCAAGAAGAUCGAGUCCCAAGUGUUAGAGAGAAAAUUAAACGCUAUAUACAGAAAAGUUGCUAAACUUGAGGCGGAAAAUAGAGAGUCACUUGAAGACAAAGAACCAACUACAUCAAGAGAAGAAAAUAUAGAAUCUUCACAAAAGAAUUCUCCUGCCUACCCCAAGGGGCACCCUAUCAAUAGGAUAAAGGACUUGGAACACAGUUUAUUUGGUCAUUUAAAGAGUAAUAUUCCACCAAUCACUAAAAGGAGAAAGAUUUUAAGAAGACUAGAAAGAAGAAAAAAUAGAAUUGAAUCAGGGCCUAAACAAACCUCACCCAUUCCUAAUCAAAGUACAACUAGCAGACCAGGAAGUCUUUGGGACCUCCAAGAGGCGCCUCCUAAAGUUCCAAUAAGACCAAGAGGUCCAAGAGAUAAGUUUAUCGGCCCUAAGAAGAAAACAAUGUAUACUAUAAAGAACAAUUGUAUUGUAAGGGUUCCUGAAGAAGAAACCAGUCGGAGUGAUCCAGAGCAAGAGUUGGAUGUUGUCCUGCCUGAGACUGAAUCUGGGGAGCCACUACUUGAAGGCACAAAGAUGAGCCUUGAUGAUAUAAAGAAAAUGGAAAAGUACAAAGAUUAUGAACCUGGUGUACCUUCUAAGGUGGUACAUCUGACGAAUAUUGCAAGUACGGUAACUCCGGCGCAGUUGUCGCUGUUGUUUCAACAGUAUGUGUGUGAUAACGGCGGACCUCCCGACAUACGGCUGCUAAGCGGCAAGCAGAGAGGCGAAGCCUAUGUACGCUUUGAAAAUUAUGAUCUAGCAAUAAGUGCUGUGCACGAAAUCAAUGGAACAAUUGUCAACGGCUAUCCCAUUGUGGCCAAGUUUGCCUCAUCAACCACAAAUUAAGGAUUACAAUGCACUCCAGGGCAAAAAUCUACUGGCUAUGUAUAAAAUAAAAAAAAACUUUAUGAUGUACAGUAUUUUUACAAUAAAUCCUCAUUUUUAAUAGUUAAAUACAUAUUCAGAAAAAAUCAAGAAUAAUAAAGUGAGUCAGUAUUUUAUCCUGCAAAUAUGCACAUACUAUACACCUAAUUUACCUACAGUCAUAUUAAAUGUAUUUCUAUUAUAAUGUAUUUGUAAAUAAGUAUUAAAAUGUCUUAUUUAUCACUUAAUAAAUGUGACUCCAGCCA